AAGCCAUGCCUCAAAAGUCAUGCUCAAGGACACACAACCAUCAUUUCUCUCCUUCCUUUCUCCCUAUAAAUAUACGAAAAACAUCAUGACAUUUUCUUCACUUCCAUACCUCUAAAAUUUCAUUUCCCAUGUAACAAUCUUUUGCUAUACCUUUCAGAUUAUCGAUCCUCUUUCUUGCAAGAGAAGAAAUAUCUAGUUAUAAUGGCCUUACAAAGGGCACUUCUUUACUCAUUCUUCAUAAUCUCCAUCUCCAUUAUUUCUUCCUAUAGUUGUUCGCAAGAGGACCCACUUAAUAAUUACCUUGAAGAACAAGCAUCUGGCUAUGAUUCUCAAGCUUAUCCUUCGUAUAUUGAAGAUGGCGGGUUUAAGGACUUACUUAAGCUACGAAGUGAUGUUUUAGGUUUGCAGACGUUUAGCAAAGAGGGUAGCAAAUCAACUCCAGUUAUAACAGUUGGUGUCAGGGACUUUGGAGUAAAAGAUGAUGGAGGAGACGAUACAGAUGACACAGAGACAUUUGAAAGGGCUUGGAAGGAAGCUUGUUCUUCCCCUGAAGGUGCUAUUAUUGUUGUGCCCGAGUACACUUAUCGUCUUAAGCCGAUUAGAUUCCAGGGUCCUUGCAAAUCUAAUAUUGCAUUGCAGGUACAUGGAACCAUUGAAGCAUCUUGUAAUCAAUCGGACUACAAAAAGGAUAGUAGACAUUGGCUACUCUUUGAUAGUGUUGAGAAUUUACUAGUUGAAGGUGGUGGAACUAUCGAUGGAAAUGGGAAGAUAUGGUGGGAAAACUCGUGCAAAGUCAAUAAAUCUCUUCCUUGCAAAGAGGCACCUACGGCUGUCACCUUCUUUGAAUGCCAGAAUUUGAUUGUGAAGGACCUCAAAAUCCAAAAUGCACAACAAAUGCAUGUUACUUUCAAGAAAAGCAAUCAUGUUCUAGUAUCCAACCUCACAGUAACUUCACCAGAAGAGAGCCCUAACACCGACGGCAUCCACAUCACAAAGACUCAAAACAUCCAGAUUACUGAUUCAGUCAUUGGAACAGGUGAUGAUUGUAUAUCCAUUGUAAGUGGAUCACAUAAUGUGAAGGCCACGGGCAUAACUUGUGGACCAGGUCAUGGAAUCAGUAUUGGAAGCUUAGGAGCACAUGAUUCAAAAGACCAUGUUUCAGGAGUUACUGUCAAUGGUGCCAAGCUUUCUGGUACCGCAAAUGGUGUUAGGAUCAAAACAUGGCAGGGAGGGUCUGGGAAUGUAAGCAACAUCAAGUUUCAGAAUAUUGAAAUGAACAAGGUCACCAACCCCAUUAUAAUAGAUCAAAACUAUUGUGACCAGGAUAAACCAUGCAAACAACAGAAGUCAGCACUUCAAGUGAAAAAUGUGAUGUACAAGAACAUAAAGGGGACUAGCGCUUCUGAAGUGGCUAUGAGAUUUGAUUGCAGCAAGGCUUAUCCAUGUCAAGGGAUUCUAUUACAAGAUAUUAAUCUUGAAAGAGCAGGAGAUAGAACGGCCAAAGCUUUGUGCAACAAUGUUAAAUUAGCUACGUUGGGAGUUGUUUAUCCAAAAUGCUCUUGAUGGAAAAAUAAAUAAAUUCAAGAGAGAGAGAGAGAGAGUAAGAACAAGGUUUCAAUUGGACCUCCAUGGAUUGUUUAUUGUACAUGAUAGCUAGCCAAUCAUUGAGCAACUAAUGUGUACAUAAUUGAAGAAACAAAUAAUUUAUUGUUUUGUGUGUGUAUUUACGCACAUAUGUAUGUAUAUAUUAGAAAAGUUGAUUGUUAAUAACAAAUAUUUGUAUUUUUUAA